AUGCCACCAACUAAAAUUAACGACGAAGCCCUUGCGAAGUUGAAGGAUUUGGCAACAUGGCUUUACGUUAGUGCCGAAAUGAAGCAAGAAAAGAGCCUUAUCAAAUGUGUGGACGUGGAUCGUUAUAAGAAGACGCUCCCUGUACUAAAAGCAUUGGGGUAUGACCAAAUACCGGGCCAUGGUUAUCAUAUUUACCGCACGUCUGGGGAGACAGAAAUCAUUAAACGACCUGAUCUGAAGACACUUUUCUUUCCUUUGUCUGUCGGUUCCGGGAAUGACAGUGUAGCGUCAGGGGAGGUACAGGUGGCAGGCGAACUACUCACACCUGGCAAUUUUAUUGAAUUGAAUAGCACCUUGACUUUCACCGCGCAGUUGGAUUGUCUUAUUGUCUAUUUGCCGGAGGGAAAAUGA